AUGUCUGAAGAGAUUAAUGAUAAUAAACGAAUCAUUAAUGUUAAAAUGAAAACAGAUAAACAUAUGAAAGGAAUACAUCGUAAACAAAUGAAAGAGAAACUUCAUAAACAUUCGAAGAUAAAUGAUGAAAAAAAUAAACAAUUCUUAAAUGAUGCCGUUAAAUUAACUUAUAAUCGAUUGAAAUUGAUGAAGAAACGUUUUAUUGAAAAUUUAACAACAGAAAUGGAUUAUAUCAUAGCGAAUCAACCAAAUGCAAUGGCAUCAUUAAGAGUUAAAGCUAUUUUUAUGAUUGGUUCACAUGAUAAAAUGAUACAAAAAAUAAGAAAAUCAAUUGAUCAAAAUUAUAAAAUUGAAAAGAUUUUAACAAAAGAUUAUGAUCAAUCAAUAAUACGUAGACCGUGA